CUUACGACCGGUUGGGGGUCACGGCAUUAAAAAGGUUGAGAACCACUGAUCCAAAACAUUCAUCCCUAGAGCAGUGUUUCUCAAUGUUGUCAACUUUACAUGGUAUGGACUUCAAGUCCCAUAAUUUCCCCUGCUAGUGUGGAGAAUUGUGGAAGUUGAAGUCCACUCACCUUAAAAAGUUGCUAAGCUUGAGAAACGCUGCUCUGGACUAUUUUAAAUAAAAUAAUCUGUUUUGCAUUAGAGUUUGCUUCCUUAAGAUAAUUCUGUGUGGGAAACAAAUAACCACCAAGAUCCUGGUUCCUUCUCUUGCUAUCUGGUCUUGCCGUUAGCCUUAGAUGUGUGUCCAGAGCUAAUCAAAUGCAGAAGGCAGCUUCAAGCUUCACUGAAGCUGGUUGCCAGAAAUCUUAGAAGAGCACAGCUGGAUUUUUGGUUUGUCAUUUGCUUUGGAUACUGCUGUAAUCAGCAAGGAUUCCUGGCAAUUAACACCACAAUCGCAUAAACAUUAAACCCACAAAACUAACUCCUGGCGGCACUAAUCCAAAUAGUCUGCAGAGUACUUUGGUUUGACCAGUUUCCACAAAUUAGGAGUGAGAGUAGCUCAAGAUUGAGGUUCUCUAAAACAGGGUCCAGAUGCUGACUUCCCUCUUCGUGUAGGUUAUUUUUUUUAUACCUUCCAUAACAAUCCCUAUCAUAGAAUUUGGUUUUGUUUUUUUUUCAUGGCUGCCCCUAUGGGUUGACAUUUUCAUUGAGCUGUUUGCCACAAUAAUCUCUUUUUUAUGUUAGCCAAAACAAUUCUGAAAAUGAAGUAAAAGUAAUUUUUCAAGUUUUCAAGUUUGUUCAGGAAUUAAUAGUUGGGGACAUUCCAUGGAUGGAUGGAUGGACGGACAGAUGGAAGGGAAGGGAAGGAAGGAAGGAAGGAAGGAAGGAAACGUUGCUUUUAUAUAUAGAAAUAAUUUGUGGCUGCAGAAAAAGCACAGUGGGGUUCAAAUACUGAGAUACAGUUGUCCUAAUUUAGCAACCACCUUGUUCAGGGGCUUGUUACAAGGAUUAUGGGAAAAAAUAACCUUGCAACCAAUGCUCACAUUUAUGCCAUUUGCAGGCCUGUAAAGCAAAGAAAAACUGAAUUAAGAUUGUAAACCGAAUUGUGGUUCACUUAGCAGCCAUUUCCUUUAACGUCCAAGUUGCCUAUUCCAAUUGUUGCUAAAUGAUGAUUUUGCUUCUACCUUGAUAUCUGCAAACAGUCAUUACUGAUUGCACCCAUUUAUAGCCGGAUUUCCCAAAGUGGUCAAUAUUAACCCCAAUGGAAUUAUCCUUGGGCCAAUAAGUGGGGGGGUCAAAUGGGGGUCAGUAAAUAUUGGAGGAUCAAUAUGUGGUGGCUAAAUGAUGGAAAGCUGAUUGGGGUCAAUUCAUCUUUUGAGGUCCCUGUAGACCUCCACUCCAGUCCUUGAAAGUGAGGGGGCUAGCAGUGAGACUGACCCAGGGCUGGAUGAUCAGCCACCAGUGAGAGCAGCCUUGCCUCUGUUAUUAUUUGUAAUGCUUUAAAAGUAUUUAUUAACAUUUUUAUAUGAUAAAUGUUUGGAGGUCAAAGAACAAUCAGAAACUUCAUGAAGAUUCUGGUGAGUAGAGGGUACAGAGACCUUUGACUUACAGCCACAUGACCUCUAACCCAAAUUGUACAUACUAAACACGGUUAAAAUUGGAUGAAGUCAAACUUCCUGCCAUUUUGAAAAAUCAAGAGUGCACUCGGGAACAUUGCAUGGUAAAGCCCUAAGAAUGCAACAUUAGCUGAGCAAUACCUAAACUAUAGGUAUUGCUAUACGGCAGGUGUAGUACAUAAACUUGCAGAGACUGCAAGACUAGGAUGAUCUGGCUUUGACUGUGAAAUAAAUUUCUACUACCGUGUGCAUGUGUAUACACCCAAAUACUGUGCAAUCGAUCAAAAGCCACAAUUUGUAAAUUAGUGCUGGUUUGGACCAAAAAGUGUGUUGGCUAGUUCACUUUCUUUCAGAGUAAUGUUUCAGCAACUUUUAAGAUGUGGACUUCAAUUCCCAGAAAUUCCCAGGCUGGCUGGGGAAUUAUAGGAGUUGAAGUCCACAUGUCGCUGAGGUUGAGAAAUACUAUUCCCAGGGUAAGGAUUUCAUUAAUGCCGUAUCUCUAUCCAUGAGAGAUUCCCAAUAGCAAGGCAUGAUUAAGGCUGCCUUCCUACAGUUUGCAAACUCAGGGUUAACCACCACAGUUUAUCAAAUGGGAUCCAUUUUCUAGAUUUGACCCCAGCACAGCCUGGAUUCCCCCAGUGUGCUAGGUUAAAAUGUGGUUGGCUAAUGUGUAUGUGAUGCAAAAGCCAUCUUCUCCACGUUCAUUUAAAAUAAGGUGCAGGACCUGGCCUAUGUCCACUGAACCCAUAGCUAAUCUUUGAAUGGCCAAAUGCUGCACUUAAUAUUUUGGGGUUGGGAGGUCUACAAAAUCAACCGUGACAUUUAGUUAGAAGGGGUGGAGAUCUUUGUAACAGUGAUGUGGCUAUUUGAGGGCACAUAUCUAUUUCCCAACUUAAAAUGUCUUCUCAGCCAAAUGCAUUUAUUUUAUUACCACCACCAUCUUAAUGCAUAAAAAAGGGACCAAAUUUUUUAUCCUGUUCCUCCAGUAAAGACUAUAGAUUGCCCAUUGUCUUGAGAUCCUCAGAGGCCAAAUUUAAAAAAAAAAAAAAAAAAGUUUAGCCUCUGGAUAAAAAGAGUUGCUAACUUGAUCUGCAGCUCUGAAGGAAAAGGCCAUUAGCACAUCUAGUAACAGUGAGUUCCAUCAGCUUAGCUUCCCGUAAAGUAUUGGAGGCUACCACUAAAGGACAAACAAAAUGUCUCCCAACCAUUUUUUUCCCAGAUUGUUUUAGUAGCUUUUACGUUCUUUAACUCCUUAAGAAUUUUUUUUUCCCCCGUUCAAUUGUGUCUGAUUCUCAGACCUCUUAACCUACUUCAAGGUAUUAAUUUAGACGAUAAAUAUUUAAAGGAACGAAUACUUUUUGCUGAUAAAAACAGCCUUUAUACAAGAUAUUAAGGGGUAAAAACACGAUAAGCCAACUCGGAUACAAUGUAAAGACUGAAAGGUUCAAAUUGUGUGUGAAUGUGGGUUUUGCUUUGCUUUGAUCUCUUGGGGGCAAAAUAUGAUAAAAAGUGUUUACAUCAAGGUUGAGUUUGCUUGGAUGCCUUGCAUUUGCUAAAGCAUCCAGACUUAAAAGAUAUCAAAAACCUGCAAAUAGAAUAGGGCGGCUCCUUUGAGCCAGCUUGUUACAAGAAUUCUUCCAGGACGGUGUGAUCAUUCAAGGUCACAUGGGUUAAAGAAGAAAAAUUCAGGCCAUCUCUUUGUGUCUGUGUGUGCGUGUGUGCCUGUGUGUGUUAUCCGAUGCCUUCACUCCCUUCUGAAUUUACUCUGGGGAAUCCUGGAGAAGGCUUUAGUUCUUCAGGGAAGCAACCAUGCAGCUUGGCCUUGCCAGCAUCCUCCUGGGUCUCUGGCUGACAGCUGAGUCCCUCUCUUCACCUGCAAAGGGAAACCUCCACCUAGAAGGAAACCCUCUGAGACAAUGGGAGAGUCCCAAUUUAGGAGAACUGAAAUCCUCAGAAGAAGAAGAAGAAGAACACAUCCAGGUUACAUUGGAUUUCAAGGAAGCCCCUUCAAAAGUUGUGUUGGUUUCCCCAGAGUCAGAAGACAGCCCAUCCCACCUGCCCUUGGCUGAGAAGGAGGCAAGACCCUUGAGUUUAUGGCCCCAACCCAGUUCUCAGUCAUGGCUAUACGAGAGCUCAGAGGAAUCGGUGUGUCACGUGAAGCUAGAUGGGGGCAGCUUUUGGGGUCCUAACCAUCUGGAGGUGGGGGGCCUCCUCAGCCGUUACGACAGCGGGUUCCUGAAGGCACUGAGCAGAUCUGCCUGGAGCAAAGAGGACCUGGAGACUUUCGGGAUAUGUCCCUCAAGUCCACCCCAAAACCUUCUUGGGUCACUCCAGCGUGUGGCUGAUUCUCUGGGCAGGCCUGCCGGACACCGUUUCUUCAUGCUGCAUUUGGAAGAAGUGAAAUGGGAAGUCAAGACCAAACUCAGGUUUAAGCUGACCUUUCAAAAGGAUGUGGAAGAGCCUCUCAGCUCCUUGCAGCUGGUCCUCCUAGUCUUUUAUCAAGGAGAAAAGGAACUGGUGCAUCCCAGGGUCGCAAAGAGAUUCCUAGUGGGAGGGGAAGGAUUACAUCAAAAGCAGGUUGUUUGCCUUUCCAGAGGAACCCGCUACCUUGUCCUCCAGGGCUCUGUGAUGUCCGGCAGACAUUCUCCGGGUGAAUUAAGAUAUGAACUUUCUUUGGAAAUCAGGCACCAAAACAAUACAGAUGCCGCUGUCUCCUCUGAUGAAGCCCAAGAUCUUCUGUUUGGCUUUGAUGCCAAGUGCUUCACCCGCAGGACCCCGGCUGUCUUGCUGUUGGUGAAGCAGAACUUCGGCGUUGGUUCCCAUCCACCCUCUUUCCUCUCUGCGGAUGGCAAGUUGGAUGUUUUACCAUACCUGAAACCCAGCUUGCUGAGUUCCGGCAUAGCCCACACACCUUCUGAGGCUGCCACCAUCACUAACCAAACCAACGCCACUGCGUCAGUGCUCACAAACCCUGGAUACUUUUUGGAGACCCUCUCCCAAUUUGUCAACAAAGUCCUGAACCCGUCGGGUGAGCCUCCUGUUGCCCAGGGCCACCUCCAGCUGGAUUUUGACACAAUGGAGGCCCUUCCUCACGAACUGCUCAACUUGUCAGAGAAAGUGGCUUUUGAGCGGCUGGUGCAGUCUGAAAAUCACCUCGUGGUCCUUUUUCCCGAGAACAGCCAAGCUUUCAUGGAGCGCCAGCUCGGCCAAUGGUACCUAGAGGGAAAGUUGCUUCGGCAACUGCUGGAGAAGCUGCAUUCGGUGAUCCAAGAGCUGAAAGCCAUGCCUUCCUUCCAAGCCAAUGCCGACCUUUUCCACAAUCUGCUAGCUUUGUGCUAUUUUCCUUCGAGGGGCUCGGGAAAGCUUCCCGCUAGCGAUUCUGCAGAAACGGAGGAAACGCAGACCCGCAGAAAAAUCCACAGCCUUCUGUUGCUCAAGGCCCUCCAGGUAAUUCGCACUCGUUGGCGGGAGGCCAGGAAGGUGUCCUUACGUGCCAACCGUAGCACUCAAGUCCAGGAUGACUACUGUCGGCUACGAGAGCUCAGGAUAAACCUGGUCUCCAGCAGGUAUAUCGUUUUACCGGAGUCGUACAAUGCCAACAAUUGCGUGGGGCCCUGCCAGAGCCCGCUCUCCACCCGCAUCCCGGACUAUUAUUCUCACACCAUUUUCCUGCUGCGUAUGCAUGAACAGGGCAUGCCACUGCAGCGAGCCCCUUGCUGUGUCCCUGUGAAAUAUUCCAAAAGUGUCAUGGUUACCUUUACCAGUGAUCGAGGGAUGAUAGUUAAGUCCUAUCCAGAUAUGGUGGCUGAGUCCUGUGGGUGCAGGUAGAGAAGGGCAGGAGAGUCCUCCUGAUGGAGGAUGGGAUGUUAAAUAGCAUCCUACUGUCAUGGCCAGUAUGGGGUACAAUUUCGAACAACAGCACUACAGUACAUUGCUGUUCUAGCAAUGAAAUUUCUGCAGCUGUGUACAUAGCAAGCUUGCGACAUUGUUCUUGCUUUUUAUGAUGAUAGAGAUAGUUGGAAACCCCCCCCCCCGUUUAUUUGCAGACAAUCCUAAUUAGUAGAGUGUAGGGUGAGAAUUAUCGCUCCCCCAUUCAGAGGAUCUAGAGAUGGAUGUUUAAGGUCCAAAGGGGCAAAUAAUGUUUAUUAACAGAUGUGCCCCACUAGGAAGCGUGAAUCUCUUGAGUUUUCAGGCCUUCUGGUGGGGGAGGAGCAGAAAAUUCAUUACAGGUGGUCCUCGGUUAAUUGGGACUGGGAACUCAGCGCAGUCAUAAAAUGGAAGCUCCUACGGCUGCAUCAACGAGAUAGCAGUUCUGGCUGCAGUUUUCAGCCAUCAGUGCUUGGUUGCUAAGUGUGACCUCACAGGAUUGUGACUUGCUGCUGGUUUCCUGGUUGACUUUGCUUCUUUGAAGCAGGCAAGUAAGGUUGCAAAUGGAGAUUGGAUGACUGCGGGGAGCUGCCCGUCCUAAUCGCAUGCGGGUUGCCAAGUGCCCCAAACAUAAGGAAGCUGUGAUGGCCACAACUUCAAGGACCAGCCUAAGUCCCUUCAUUCAGCACCGUCAUAACUUCAAAUGGUCGCUGAAUGACUGGCCACUAAGCGAGGACUGCCUGUACUCUUCCUUUAGGAAGUCAGCUAUAUAGAACAGUUUUCCAGUUAGGGAAACAGAGGAAUGAGACAAUGAGAGGAACAAAGGGCUAAUGCUUGCUGUUAAUCCCUCUGGUGAUCACGAAGGUAAAAUGUGAUAUGCUGGUACAGGUAGUCUUCAACUUACAACCACAGUUGAGCCCCAAAUUGCUGUUGCUAAAUAAGACAAUUGUCAAGUGAGUUUUGCCCUAUUUUAUUGCCUUUCUUGCCACAGUUGUUGAGUGAAUCACUGCAACUGUUAUUUGAGUAAAGUGGCUUCCCUCUUGACUUGGCAUGUCAGAAAGUUGCAAAAGAUGCUUACAUGCCAGUUGCCAAGCAUCCAAAUUUUGAUCACGUGACCAUGGGGAUGCUGCAACGGUGUGAAAAAUGGUCACAAGUCACUUGUUUUCAGUGCUGUUGUAACUUCAAAUGGUCACUAAACAAAUGGUUGUAAGUUGAGGACCACCUGUACUUCUAGAGUUGCAUUUUCAGCAAUAACUACCAUUUGCCCGUAUUACUCUGGAGUGGCGUAAUGAUAUGAUAGGGAGAUUGAAACCUCAUUCAUUUUCUCACCCUCUCUAUGCAUUGGGACGCUUAUCCAGAUAUGCUCUUAUUAUCCUAACAUAAUAAUAAUAAUAAUAAUAAUAAUAAUAAUAAUAAUAAUAAUAAUAAUAAUAAUAAUAAUAAUGUUGGAAAGGACCUUGGAGGUCAUCUAGUCCAAUCCCCAACAAAUUUUCUAAUGUAUCUUAUUCAACACAAGAUGAGACCUCAGAUCUUGGAAAAGUUUACUACCUAGACCUACAUGGCUCCUCCUUUCAUGCCUUUUAAAAGAAGCUUUGAAAGUUUAUUUAUUCCAAGCUACUUUUCGCCGAUAUUUAUAUUUAGCUGCUUGUAAUUUCAGUUGCUAUGUCUUAAUUAUGUUUGCAACACAUUCCAGUAUUUUUCCGUUGUAUUCUCAGGCUGUUGUUACAUUUCUCUGCUGUAACUGAAAAUAUUUUAGAGUGUCUUGCAUUCUACUUGAUGAUAUUAAGAUGGGUGAUAUAUUGUUCAGUAGGUUGAAUAGGCUUUGAAAGGGUCACCACAACAAAGCUGCCUUAAUAAGGCAGAAAAUGAUCAGGCUGCCCCGGAGGAAGGAGUUAAACGUGUCAUCAGUCUCAAAUCCCUUCGUGCUCUUAAGACAGUGAUGGUGAACCUUUUAGAGACCGAGUGCUCAAACUGCAACCCAAAACCCACUUAUUUAUCACGGGUGCCAGGUGGGCAUGGCCCACUGGGUGGACGUGGCUGUGGUGGUCAUGGCAGA